AUGAGUUCCGCUCUCGAGUCUAAUCUGAGCCGCGCCGCGCGUUACUCCAUUCCAUUCGCGCUGGUGUUCAUCGCUCUCUGGAGGACCAAAGUUCAAGCCGAAGUCCCCGAACCAUACCUAGACGAGGUCUUCCACGUCCCCCAGGCACAAGCUUACUGGGCACACCAGUGGACACAUUGGGAUCCCAAAAUCACUACUCCACCCGGCUUGUACCUGUGGUCGUAUCUGCUAUGCGCCGCAUUGCUCACUCUCCGCGGGUCUCCGACGAAACUCACCACCGAAGCUCUCCGCACGACCAAUGUCGCCACUACCGGCAUUUUUCUACCCUGGCGACUCCAGGUGCUUUCGGAUGCCGUGCACAAUGUGAAGAACAACCGGACUCUAGGCGCGUGGCUUAGCCAUUCCGUCUUGAAUAUUUGCUUGUUCCCGCCGCUGUUCUUUUUCUCCGGUCUUUACUAUACCGAUAUCCUUGCUCUCUUGGUUGUCAUCGAGGCGUACAAUUGGGAUUUGAAGAGGUCUGCAGGAACGGGCCUUACGGCUUUCUUUUCCACCCUGAGCUUCCUUGUCUUUGGGCUGGCUGCGCUUGCUUGCCGGCAGACGAACAUCUUUUGGGUUGCGGUCUUUUUGGGAGGACUGCAGGUUGUUCGCAAGAUUCGAAAGUCCUCCGAAGCAUGCAAAUCAUCUGGAUUGUCAGAUAUCGUGAAGGGUGGCCUGCAGAAUGAAAUUUAUGAUCCUCUUGUCUCCGAGGCUUCCUUGGAAGAUUAUUUCAAAACUGCCAUCUCCCUAGCCACUACCGGCCUCAAUAACCCGCUCUCUACCGUGGCUUCGAUUAUGCCCUACAUGAUGAUUCUUGGAGCUUUUGGCGCAUUUGUAUUUUGGAACGACGGCGUGGUUCUUGGUCAUAAGGAAUUUCACACAGCAGGCAUCCACUUGGCUCAGAUGCUCUACAUCUGGCCCUACUUCGCCUUUUUCUCUUGGCCACUGCUUAUCAUUCCCGUGGCCAACGUCAUUCUUCCCAAAACCUUCUUGCCCAAGUACAUCAACUACGGCUUCCCGGAGAAGCAGAGGCGACUUCCAAAGCUCGUCGCUGUCUUCUUUGUCCUUCCGAUCAUGCUCGCCAUCGUCCAUUUCAAUACCAUCGUGCACCCAUUUACCUUGGCCGAUAACCGACACUACGUCUUCUAUGUGUUCCGUCUUUUACUAGGCGUUCACCCCGCUGUGAAAUAUGCUGCCGUUUUGGUUUACUUCCUCUGUGGAUGGGCUGUUAUCUCCGCCUUUGGCUUCUCAAUUGUCCCGGCACCGCCUCGACUGCUGCGGAUUCCCCCAGCUCAAGCUCCAACUCCUGAGCCUGUGCCUGCGGCACCUGCCUCUGCCAAUGAGCAAGCCCAAGGAAACAGAAAAACUCGUCGAGCCAACGAGAAGGCCGCAGCUAAGAAGGAUCAGCAGCCGAAGCCGAAAUCCAAAUCCAAAUCCAAAUCGAAGCAACCCGAGCCUAUGUCACCUGAGGCAUAUGCCAAAGUUCAAGAGGGACUUAUCAAGCGUCGCAAGGAACAGCCGGGAGCUCCGCGGGUCAGCUUCGUUCUUGUGUGGCUCGCAGCGACCACUCUGUCCCUUGUGACAGCUCCCCUCGUGGAGCCCCGAUACUUUAUCAUCCCCUGGGUCAUGUGGCGCCUGCAUCUUCCAGCAAUGCCUAGCCUUGCGGCAUUCCGGAAGCAGCGUCCUGAGACCGAAAAGGAGAGAGAGAUCGCUGAUCUGGCUACCAAUGCUCCUAAGUUUGUUGAGACUGUUUGGUUCCUAAUCAUCAAUGCUGUGACAGGAUAUUUAUUCCUGUACAAGGGCUUUGAGUGGCCCCAGGAGCCAGGCAAGAUCCAGCGGUUCAUGUGGUGA